AUGACUAUCCAUUCAUUUUCCAUAUUUGAUCGUCAUUGUAACUGUAUAUACAAUAGAGAAUAUUCACAUACUAGUGCCACAACAUCAUCCUCAUCUUCGUCAGGAACUCCAGAUACGAUCCCGGGACAAAUUAAUAAAAAUAAUGAUUCAAAUAGUUCAAAAUUAUUAUUUGGUAUAAUAUAUUCAUUAAAAACAAUAUCUAAUAAACUAGUGGAUGAAUCAUCUAUUAAUGAAUUGAAAACAUUUAAUUUUGGUCAAUUAAAAGUUCAUUUUUGGGAAUCAUUAAGUAAUUUCAAAUUUGUUUUGAUUACAAAUGUUGAAGUAGAUGAACUAAGUUCAGUAUUAUUUGAAUUAUACCUGAACUUUUUCAUAAAAUAUGUGGUUGAAAAUGGUUUACUGCCGGUGGAAUUUACAGAAAAUGGGGAAUAUAGUAAAAUUAAUAAUGGCAGGUUCAUUGAAGAAACUGAUAAAUAUUUACAAUCUUUACCUAUUUUCUAA